GCUGGCGUCACAUGACCAGGAAGGAGCCAGGGAGACGGUCGCCGCCAUGCUCUCGCGCCUGCUGAGGGAGCACCAGGCGAAGCAGAGCGAGAGGAAGGAGCUGCAAGAACGUCGGCGGCGAGAAGCCAUUGCUGCAGCCACUUGUGUUACAGAAGCCCUGGUUGACCACUUGAAUGUAGGUCCUUUAAGACUGGAAUUGGGAAGAGGCUCUCUCAGCACCCCCAGGCUGCAGGAAGGCCCAAGCAGGGUGGCACAAGCCUAUGUAAACCAAAGAAAGCUUGACCAUGAGGUGAAGACACUGCAGAUCCAAGCUGCUCAGUUUGCCAAACAGACAGGCCAGUGGAUCAGUAUGGUGGAAAACUUCAAUCAGGCUCUGAAGGAGAUUGGUGAUGUGGAAAACUGGGCACGUAGCAUUGAGAUGGAUAUGCGGACCAUUGCCACAGCCCUGGAGUAUGUUUACAAGGGACAGCUACAGCCUUCCACCACUUGAAAUGGACAGCUGCCCAUCAGUCCUUGGCACCUGCAGAGCUUGGAUUCCUUCUCAUUCUCAUCUGAUAGCCAAUGAGAGUAAAUUGGCAAGCUGUUUUCCUGCAAGCCCUUCCUAAGUAUCUAUGUCUGCUUUUUGGAGCAUGGAACAAGAUCCUUCUCCUACCACUCCAGCUGCUAUAAGGGAUGCUGUUGUGCUUCUGCUGAGCAAGUGUGGUAAUGUCUUGUUUCUGGGGAAACAAAAACAAAAUGGGAUGGAGUGAGAAGUUAAAAUAUAUACAUUGCACUGAAAGGGGAAGGGCUUGACUCUUCUGAACAAGUUUGUAUUGAUUUUUUUGCUGUGAAGUUAGAAAUAAU